AUGCUCGCUUGGCAAGGUAGCAGGCAUGGUCGGGCUGUACAAGAUCUUGCAGUAGAAUACAGAAAAGUUCAGUACAAGACCAAGGCGGAGAUCGCUUACUUUCGAGAUGAGAAUGUCGGACAAGAAAGAGGACUUGGAAAAAAGAACCUUGAAGUCACCAGCACCUCUCAGCAGUACAAACUGCUGAGGGUCAAUGAUGAUAUAGUUCCAUGCACAGAAAAUAUAGUUCGUCGCCCGCCCACUACUGCCGAGCUCAAUGGUCUGUACUGUCGAGGUUAUCCUCCUCAAUCUAUGCGGGUCUCUGAGUACGACGCUUCAUAUUGGGAUGAGUUCAAGUACAAGGAGACGUAUGAGACCGAGUAUUGGAGAAGUAUGAGUCGAGUACAAGUGGGGAGACGUAUCACAGACAGACCCUAUCUCUUCAUCAAGAGCGUUGUCGUGCUUCAAGUUCUAUUGAUAUGUAAUUCGUUCAGAUUGCCUGAAUCUGUCUGGCCUCCGCACAAGCAGCACCAUAUCGUCGACAUCGACACAUACCAAUGCAGCUUGGAGUGCUAUAUGCACGCGCUUGCGAACCUGCCUGCGAACAAGUCUUCUUCUCUUAGGGGACUGGUGACCCUUGCUUUUACUGCCAGCAAUGUUUCUCACUGGAACGACGGCCAGGGAUCGGAUCUUAUAUUUGUGGUGUCCACACAUCCAUAUGUUUCACUAGCGGAGGCUCAUGGUGAUGUAAUGUGUCGGAUUCCAGCCGCACUCUUCCGCGAACUUCGAUCUGCAUUCCCUGAUAACAACACAAAUCCUAAAGAAAUAGGGGUGGUGUUGGAACAACUACUCCCAUCUUUCAAAGCCAAACCCAUAAAAUAUGUUGUCAAGUGUCGGAUAUGUAGAUUCACUGUCAUCAUUGUGCUCCCUGGAGACAGUUCUCAAUGUCCCUCUCGCAAGAGGCAUGCUUGUGCCUCCUAUCUUCCGUGGGCCUUGGCGGCAUUUGUUAUGCGUGAUAUAUCCAAACCUGCAAAAGCACGGAGAGGCACCUUGUCCUGCUCCUAUGCAAUUGUGGACCUAAAUGUGAUCCUGCUAGAUGCGUGGGCUCUAGGUUAUCAAUCUGGCGCUGCGGUGGACCUAUGCGAUGGAGAGCACUGCAACGUAGCUAAGCCCAAACUCAUGAAAAGAGCCGAGGCAAUGACAUCAGAGAUUGGUCAUGAGUCUGCAGAAGAGGACUUCAAGAAGAUGUCAAAAUGCAAGGCCCUUGAAGAAGUUCCAAGCGGUUCUUCUCCACCAACCCCCAAGAGGCGCUCUUUGUCUCACUUGCCUGUAAUCGCCAAUCUAAUCAUACCGACACUUGGGACAGCGGAUUCAACGAUCCAGUCUCCACAUUGGCCCUUCCCGAAUGAGCUUGUCUUGAAUAUUUUGGAAAAGUUGCCAGCUCAGCAUCUGCAGUCUAUUGCACAGGUGUCUUGUUUCUCUUGGGAGCUAGUGGCACCUCUCUACUUUCGUUCUGUAGGCUUGCAGAUCAAUGACAAGUCCCUGCUUGUCAGCACCCAAGCCUGUCUCACCCUGCUCCUGUAG